UUAAAAACAAUUAAAACCUAAAAUGUCCAUGAGCUGAAGAAUGUACUGCUGAAGUGUAUAGAUGUUCAAAUCCAGUGUCUUGAAAACUUAUUAAAACGAUAUUUAAAAAUUGAUUAAUCAAGGAAGCCAUUGCAGUAACAAAAGGAGUAAAAAGAUUUCAUCAAUUUUCUAGUGUUGGUCAGGACAGGAUAUUAUUUCCUUGAAACUGUUUUUGUAAAUAGAAACGUAGAAAGUUUAGAUAACUCUCAUGAUAAUGUUUUACAAUGAUGAUACAUGAUACAAUGACACAAUGAUGUCCCAUAUUUCCCUUGAUACAAAUUUCAGAUCAAAGAGUAACCAGCAUAAAAUAUUUUCAGGUCUUAUCUCCUGCACGUUUUUCUCAAAAAAACAAAAAAGUUAAUCAUUACUUGCUGACAAUAAUUGGAAUAUUUAAGGCUUGGGUUGUCACACAACCCACAGACCUGUCCCAGGGAGACUGAAACUAAAAAUGGAGAUGACAAUAUUUUUUCCUGCAUUGCUUCUCAUCUGCUCUCUCUCCACAGCUCAGCUCCAAGCUGCUGCUGCUGCCAAUGAAAUUAUUUCACAUUUAAGGCAAACAGAUGCAGGAAAUCUCUCUGACAACCAACAAACAUUUACACAGGACAUCAAUGCUGUGCUGAGAGAGAUGAGCGCCUCAUUGGCUGGACUGAAGGUGGAGAUGAGGUACCUACAGAGAGAUUAUGAAGCUAAAACGAGAGAACUGGAGCUGCAGAAAGAUGAAUUAGACAAACUGAAACAACAGUACCAAGCUCAGGCAGGAGAGCUGAGCAGUGUUAAAGCCCUGACAAACAUCACUGAAGAUCAAGUGGAGGCUCUGAGAAGAGAAGGAGAAGUUAAGACGAAAGAACUGGAGGUGCAGAAGAAAGAGUUGGACAAACUGAAAGAACAACACCAAGCUCAUGCAGGGGAACUGCUCAGAGUCCAAACCAGGGCAAACGGCACUGAAACCAAAGUGGAGGCUCUGAGGAGAGAAGGAAAAGUGAAACAAGUGGCUUUCUCAGCUUCCUUGAUGUCUUCAGGCAACUAUGGAGAAACUGGACCAUUUAACACACACACACCUUUGGUCUUCAGAUAUGUUGCUACAAAUAUAGGAAAUGCCUACAACCCAAACACAGGUUUUUUCACAGCUCCAGUGAGAGGAGCCUACCACUUUGAGUUGUAUAUCUAUGGACAUGGACAUGCUUCACAUCCUCCUGGUGCUGUGUUGACCAAGAAUGGAGAACAUAUUGUUAUUGCAUAUGAACAUCAGUCCAGUGGUGUUGUUAAAGCCACUAAUGGUGUCACAUUAUUGUUAGAGAUUGGAGACAUUGUGUUUUGCGUCAGUGGGAAAACUCAUGGAUUCAUGAUAACCAAAAUCGUCACACAACCUUCAGUGGUCACCUGCUUUUCACCAUGUGAGCAGCAAGCUGUGCUGAUUGCCACCAUGAACUCUGCAACAUAUCAGAACUAA